GUCGACUGACACUGACGUAGUUUAGAAGCAGCAAGAUGGCUACGGCUGCUUGGCUGCAUGGCCCCAACAAUACGCGGCUUACCGAGGGUCUGCUGUCCGCCCUCAAGGAAGAGAGGCCCGAAUACCUGCCCGCACUUCUGACCAACUACCGAGAACAUGGCGUGGUUGGAGCGCAGAACUCUGGGGCAGUUGGCGGCCUGGUGGGAAUCAGCAACUCACGACUCGGAUCCAGUAAAACCAGGUUUGAGGGUUUAUGUCUGCUGUCUAUGCUGGUCAAGGACAGCUCAAGUGAGGUGUUCCAGCAGCACUGUCUGUCAUGGUUGCGCUCUUUACAGCAGAUCAUACAGUCCCAGGCUCCUCUGCCCUCUGUACAGCUAGCUGUCAGUGUGUUGCAGGACCUCCUGCAGUACUCAUCACAGCUGCCGGAGCUGGCCAGAGAGGUGGGCCUUAACUCCAUCCUGGGCAUACUUACUUCCCUGUUGGGCCUCAAGUCUGAGUGCCACCUAGCUGCCAUGGAGGGGAUGAUGGCAUGUAUGACCUAUUAUCCGCGGGCAUGUGGAUCACUCAAGGAAAAGCUGGGGGUUUAUUUCCUAUCUAAAAUGGACUCUGACAACCCGAAAGUUCAAGAAGUGGCCUGCGAGUGUUAUGGGCGGCUGCCGUGCCUGGGAGGUGUGCUUGAGCGUGGAGGAGGUGGGCGUCGGGCUGAGGGAUGGACCAACCAGGUGCACUGUCUUCUGGCUUCAGCCAACAGCAUUCUUGGACAACUGUACCAGGGCAUAGAAACAGAAGAGACCAUACAGUAUGAUGGACCAGGAGUAGAACUUCCCUUUCCUCCUCUGGAUGACAUUGAUCCACUGUUGAUUCUUCAGCUUCGCCAGCGCUACAGAGCAGUGUGUUUGGCCCUUAAACAUACACUCAGUGUUGAUCCGGUAACCCCAGUGCGUCUUUCCAUUCAGCAUGUACUCAACCUGGUGUGUCGCGCUUUGGCCGUUACCAGUAAGAGCAUUAAUGUCACAGGUGAAGGUUGUUUGAAGCUGUUGGUGUUACCCUCAAUACACAGUGACUCUCUGGAGCUUCUCUCUGUUCUAAUCAAAGUUGUGGGUGGUGGACUGGUGCAGUAUUGUAGUGUGCUCACCAGGCUCUUCUCCCAGUCACUGUCUGCAUGGACGCCCCUACCUGAGGCCAGCCUGGGUCAACAAAGAGCGUACAGUACUGUGCGAGUGGCCAUAUACCACACACUAGAACUGUGGGUGCGUGUGGGCGGAGCCUCUUCCUCAGUCCUGCAGGGAAGCACCUCCCACUCCGAGAUGCUCUUUGCUCAUCUCAUGGGUGACAUUACACCAGGAACUGAGGCUGUCAAACUUCGUGGAGGACAGACAGCCCUGUCAGAUUUUGUGGGUGCAGCUGGGAAGGCGGGGCCGCGGCGGACGAAAGGCUUGGGGAUUGGUGACCAAGCAGGAGUUUCACUGCAAAGAAAGGGCGAUGCGUUAGCCAAUCAGGACACAUGCUUUGCUGCCCUUCGAGCCCUCAGACAGAUAAUGUUGACUAGUGGCACUAUCCUGAAAGAGGAUCUACAUAAGAGGCUGCAGGACCUGGUGGUGCCGUUGUGUGUGCGAUUGCAGCAACAGGCUCAGUGCGGGUCAGAGGUUGGCAGUGUUAGUGGUCAGUAUGGUAGUGCACCCCCUCGUCGGGAGCUCUACCGGCUCCUGCUGGCACUGAUUUUGGUUCCCUCACCACGAUGGCCUCCUCCACUCUCCUGUGCUGUGUCUGUAUUCAGCCAGGGCCGCCGGGACCGCAGCGUCAUGGUUUCCUCAUUCUGUGCCGAAGCCCUGACUAUAUGCAAUACUUUGCUUCACCCACGUUCCCCCUCCAUCUCCCUCCCUCUACCGCCUCUCACCCUCAAGCCCCCCCCAGCUGCGCCUGUGCUUGGCCCCACUCAGAACCCCUCACUCUCCCUUCCUACCCUGCUGGGGGGGCCUGCACCAGGGCCUUCCUUUCCCGCCAGACAUCCUCUGGGCUUAGGUCCUGUUGCCUUACUAGGCACCCUGGAGAACCAUCUCCCACUGGCUCCUCCUGUGCUCCCCACCCCGCCGGGUGCCACUGGAGCUCAAAGUGACUUGCUGCUCUCUCCAGCACAGCCAGCUGAACUUGCAGGUUUGGGGGCCCCUGAGGGCCAACGGCAGGUGUUUGUCCGCUACGACAAAGAGGAGCCUGAAGAUGUGGAGAUCUCUCUAGAGAGUGACUCUGAUGAUAGUGUGGUCAUCAUGCCUCAAGGAAUGAUGCUGGAGAUGCAGGAAGGGGCCAGUAAUGCACAGACCCUGCCUGCACCGUCAGGGGGCGCCAUUCCCACUCCUGCUGAAGUGGGCUCAGUUGAAACUUCCCUCCCUAAUGAACUUCCCACAUCCAUUUCACAUCAGAUCCUGCCAACGGAUGCCAACAAUAUCAAUUCCUUCCCUGGGCCUGGCCAGGCAGACCAGUUGGUUUCCUUGGUGCCUCCCCUGAACUCCACUGCUGUGUCGCUAGCAGCAUCCCCUGGUGGCCUGGGCAACUCGCUGCCUGCCGGUCCCCAGCUUCAGCAGAUGCUGAUGCAGCCUUCCUCAGGUGGGCAGUCAGCUCAGCUGGGUCUCUCUUUACACAUGCAGCUCCAGAGCCAGCUGGCCCAAACGAGCCGCCAGCAACAGCAGCAGCAGCCUUCCGCCCCUGAGGAAGACCAGAAUGUUAUCAACAUCAACAGCUCGGACGAUGAAGAGGAGGAGGACGAAGAGAUGGAGGAUGAAGAUGAGCUGGGAGAAGAGGAGGAAGAGGAGGAAGGGCUGGAAGAGGAUGAGGAGGAAGAAGAAGGAAGCGAUUUCCCUGAUGAUGAGUUCUAUCCAGGGGAGGAGUUUGAGGACUUUGAAGAAGAGGAGGGAGAGGAGAUAGAAGAAGAAGACGAAGAAGAGGAGGAAGAGGAAGAAGAGGAGGUCCAGCCUUUGGAAGGGGAGAACCAAAGAGCCGUGAUGGGAGAAGAGGAGGGUGAAGUGAUGAUAGAAGAGCAAGAGGAAAGAAGGAUGGAUGCAUUUCACGUGGAGAGGGAAGGACAGGUGGAAGCAGGGAUAGAAGAAAUGGAGGGCGUCCAAAGCAUCUAUGGAGAGGAGGGUAUGAAGGACAAAGUGGCUGUGGAAGAGAUCGAGAACAUUGGGGCUGUAGAAAGGAAUGAAAGUGAGGCCAGUGAGCCACAAAUAGAGGCUCGUGUGACUGGUGAUGAGGCAGAGGAGGUCCGGGAAGGAACCUCAGCAGCAGCAGCAGCAGCACCUGAGCAGGAAGAAAGGCCUUGGGAACAGGAAGGAACCGGACAAGAGCCAGUGCCAGCAGCCCCUGAGGAUUCCGCAAUACCUAAGGAGAGUCAGGAGGUGGCUGCAGAAGCUGGAGUCAGUAAGCAGAGUGCAGAAGCAGAACAAGAGGAGACAGCCAAUCAGAGUACAGCAUCUACAUCAGAAGAAGUCCCAUCAAAGCAAGCAGAGGAGGCUGCAGGGAAGGAGAAAGAUGAAGGGCAGCAGGAAGAGGAGGAGGAAGCCCGAGGAACAAAGAGGAAAAUUGAAGAUUGUGAAGAAGGAGAGAGGUCUGAGCAGGGCAGUGAGAAAAAAAAGCUGGAUGAUGAGGCAAUGGCUUCCAUGCUGGCUGACUUUGUGGACUGCCCUCCAGAUGACGAAGAUCACGGUGCCUCACAGUCGCAUUCCUAGAGCAAAAACACCUCCAGGACCCAUAACCCAUUUGCUAUUCAUAUGGAAGUCUUUCCCAGAGAGCGUCAGAUUCCUGAGGAUCUUGCAUCAAUAUUUACAUACAGCUCUAAUUGGUUAAAACUGUACUUGAACCUCUUUCAUUAUCACCUAUAAUUAUUUAAUAAUUCCAUAAACUGUUAGUAUCUGUGAUGCAGUUAUGGUUUUGCUUGUGAUGUCAUUCAAGAGUUACUCUUUUAUGGUGUCAUAAAGCGUUCUUCUAAUUUAGAACCGAUUAUGAUCCACACAGUUGAUUCAUUCUUAUGGCCCAAUAAGUUUAGCCCUGUUACAAUGUUUACUUCUCGCAGAUGCUUCCCAACAUUACCAGGAAUUUUGGCCUGUGAGAGGGAAGAUGUACGGACUUCGUUUGCAGAGCUCUAAACGUUUCUGCUCGUGGGUUGCAUGCCUUCAGCUUGCUUGCAUAACCUUCUGUUUGAAUUCCUUUCCUGACCUCUGAGCUUACACUAAAGAACUUGGUAACAUCAAGAGGACGAAAUGAUUAAUGUAAUGUUCUUGGGCUCUUUCAUAUUUCAUUUUUUGUACUAUGAUUUGUUUGUUAUAUAUGUGCUAUUUUUUGUUAACUUGUUGCAGACUAUUAAAAACAGAAAAACACUGA